AUGCAGGACUUGGUGACCCAGAGCUUUUCCGUGCCAUGUCUCCUGCAGGAAGCCAUGGAGCCAGACAGAGGCAUGGAGCAGAGACCCCCCAGCGUGCCCCAGGUGGCCUGGGUGAAGGAGGAGGAGGAGGAGGAAGGCCCUGGAGUUGCCCCAGCACAGCAGCCUGAGGAGGCAGAGCAGUCCCAGCCCCUGCAGGCGGAUCCAGGCCAGGACAGCGGUGCAGACACUGACAGCAGGCCCGCUCAGAGUGGGAAUGAUGCUCACCCUGCAGAUGUUUCUGACGAGAAAGGUGUCUCUGAUGCAAAGCAAGUGCCAGCCUUCGUCAGGAACGUGCAUCAGAGACUGACAGCCAGCGCCACUCCAGAAGAGAAGCUGCUAAUGGAGUUUCUGAGGGUGACUGAUGAACACCCUGCUGAUGCUGUGGUGACCCUCCUGCGCUGUGCCCCAUCAUGUGACAGAGCUGCUGCCAUCAUGUGGAGGACCAUCACCUCAUUGGGAAGGACAGUGCUGAAGGUGCUGCCACAGCUGCUCUGCGUGAUGGAGAACUGGCCAAUCCACAGCAUGUCCACCUCUGACGGGGACGAAACAGAUGUCUUUGCCCUGGCUGCAACCAGGGUGAUCUGGGAGACUCUGCAGACGUUCUGGUUUGCAGAGUCAUUGACGGAGUACUCCCCCCGUCUCCUCGUGGCUCUGCUCUUCCAAGUCCUCAUCAGCACAGAGCAGACACCAGAGGAGGUUGAUACCUUCUGGAGGGGAUGCUGGGAGCAACACAACCUUCCCACUCAGCCCAACAGGUUUGCAGUGCUCACCAUGAAGGCUCUGCUUUGCCAUCUGGAGUGUGAGGAAGUUGUGCUUUCAAUGGAACGCAAGUGUGGCUGGGACACGCUCCUCAGUGCUGACACCCACCACUACGCAGUGGGUCUGCUGGCCAGGGAGAUGCUCCGUGUCUCCAACCCCUUGUGUUCCCGCAUCACACUCCACCUGCUGGAGCUGCUGAGCAGGGAGGAGCCCCACUUGGAGCUCCUCACCAUGGCAUUCCUUGUGGAGGUCCUGGACUACCUGGACAUGAGUGACUGGGGAGGCAUCAUUCUGCAGAGCCUUUCAAGGCACCUCAGGAGUGAGUGCCCAGAGAUGCGUCGCCUGGCACUCCGAGGCCUCCUGGUACUCAGCCAGGAUCCCAUGAUGGCUCAUGGCAUGCAGAGCCUGACAGAAAGCCUCCUGGAGCUACUGUGGGAUGCAGAUGGAGAGCUGGUGGGGAUGGCCCUCUCUGUAUUCAUCAAUGAAGUCCAGGACAGAGGCAUCCCAAUCUCCACCCCCACUGCCCUGGAGCUGGCUGAGGCACUCCAGACACUCUUU